AGACGCACUAGAACCAGAACACAACAUAGCAGGCUUAUCGACCAGAGGUUUGAAUUUCUGGUUAUAAACAUUUUCUAGUUAAAAGUUGGAUUUCUGUUCUUUCAGGUUCUGCUUCCUCCUUUUUGAAUUUGGGUGUUUUUCCACCUCCUGACUGUGUUUGGUUGUGGUCUGGUACAAUGGCUCUCAAAGUCCUAAAUCCACAGGUUAAAGGUUCCCUAAGUGGGAGCAUGUUUUUGGACCAUGGUUUUCGAGAGGAGCAGAAACCUCCACCUCCACUCCGCAGCUACCUUUGUUUGACUAUUUUCACCUGCUUCUGUCCUGCAUACCCAGUCAACCUUGUGGCCCUGGUCUUCUCUAUUAUGUCUAGAAACAGUUAUUACCGUGGUGACUAUGACGGGUCCAGGCGACUGGGCAAGAACGCUCUUUAUGUCGCUGUCGCCUCUGUUAUCAUCGGCCUUCUCAUCAUCGCCAUCUCCUGCAUCGUUCAUUUUACCACAAUGGAUUUUUAGCACAGUGUAAAGACAUGUUGACGCAGGUCUGGUGGGUGGUUCUCACCAUCUGCCAAUGACAGGACUCGACUCAUGUUUAUUUCAAUGUGUAAAUCACUUCCUCUCAUGUUUCCUGUUGUUCACAUGGACGAAGAAUACGUCAUGUCAGUAAUUAAUGCUGAUUUAAACUAAAAAGGCAGCUUUAUCA